AUGGCUCACAUCUAUUCGGAGGCCCAGGUAGCCAAGUUCCUUUCUCACCUCAAGAUACCGGCUGAGUAUUACAUCGGCAACGAGCCCAUCCUAGACCAUGCUUUCCUCUCCGCGAUCCACAAGCACAUGAUCACUGGGAUCCCCUACGAGAACCUGCUGCUUCACUACUCCGACCACCGGAGCAUCACGCUUGAUCCCCAGGAGGUGUACUUCAAGCUCAUCGCCAGUGGUCGCGGGCGUGGCGGCUACUGCAUGGAGAAUAGCAUCCUGCUGACUCACAUGCUGCGUGCGCUGGGUUUUCAGGUGUAUCCUGUCGGUGUCCGGGUGCGGCCGCGUAAGGACGGCGUUCCGUAUGGGCCAUUCCCCGGCUGGGUUCACAUUGUCAACAUUGUGACACUGGCUGACAACUCGCGGUGGGUGCUCGACGUCAGCUUCGGCGGGGACGGCCCCACGCAGCCGAUGGCUUUGGUCGAAGGCUCCGAGUGGCGCAACAUGGGCACGCAAGAUGCCCGGCUCAUCAAGGACUUCAUCCCGGGCCAGACGGAGCUGACGCCCGGCCGUCGGCUGUGGAUUUACCAGUGCCGUAACUCGCCCGACCAACCGUGGGUGAGCUACUACGCCUUCAGCCACGCCGUGGAGUGGCUUCCGGCAGACUUUGAGGUCUGCAACCACUUCACCAGCACGAGUCCCCGCAGCUUCCAGACAUGGACGGUGCUGGUCGUCAAGUUCCUCCGGCGACCGUGCGCCACGGCGGCGGGAGGCCAGGAAGUGUACGGCAAGCGGAUGCUGGUGGACGACGUGGUCAAGGAGAACCCCGGAGGCAAGACAAAGGUGGUGCAGGAGUGUAAGACGGAGGAGGAGCGGGUACAGGCAUUGAAGGAGUGGUUUGGCAUUGAACUGACAGAAGAAGAAACUCAGUCGAUCAAGGGGCAUGCAACGGAGAUUCAAGUAUCAAAGUGA